GAAAAAAAAAAGGAGGCGUGAAAUAGAUGGGAGACCAGGGCUUUUCAGAGUCUCUUAUCUGAUUGUGGAAACAGCGCUUAAGAGCCCUUGCCCCCGCGCCACUGCAGCUGAACCUUGGCACUUUAGGGCACCAACUUUACCCGGUUCGGCUCGCAGCGUGAGAAAGUUUUGCACACCACUGCUCCGACCGGGCGAAGGGGGAUCGGGUCGUUUUCAUCUCAGGUUCCACCACCAGUCCAGCCAACGUGGACCCAGCCUGCGAACUGUCCCUCUUCCUCGGGGCUCAAGGCUUCUCCAGUAUUUGGAGUGUGCGGGGGAGAAAGACUGAUAGUGAGCCCAGGAAUCAGAAGGGCUAAUAAACACACUACAGUGCCCCUGGUGGAGAUAGAGGGCAGGAUCUCAAUCACAAAGAUCCCACGGUGAUCACUGAAUGAAACAUUUAACAUUCCUAGAGAUGACUUCUGCCACUAAGGUGUAUUACAGCCAGACCACCCAGACCGACAGCCGCCCCCUCAUCGGCUCCGGCCUGCGCAAGCGGCGCGUGAUGACCAAGGACGGCCGGAGCAACGUGCGGAUGGAGCACAUCGCUGACAAGCGGUUCCUCUAUCUCAAGGACCUGUGGACCACCUUCAUUGACAUGCAGUGGCGCUACAAGCUGUUGCUCUUCUCCGCCACCUUUGCCGGCACCUGGUUCAUCUUUGGGGUGAUCUGGUACCUGGUGGCCUUGUUGCAUGGGGACCUACUGGAGUUCGACCCCCCGGCCAACCACACCCCGUGUGUCAUGCAGGUACACACGCUGACUGGAGCGUUCCUCUUCUCCCUGGAGUCCCAGACCACCAUUGGCUAUGGCUUCCGCUACAUUAGCGAGGAAUGCCCCUUGGCCAUUGUGCUGCUCAUCAGCCAGCUAGUUCUCACCACCAUCAUGGAGAUCUUCAUCACCGGCACUUUCCUGGCCAAGAUCGCCCGUCCCAAGAAGAGAGCGGAGACCAUCAAGUUCAGCCAGAACGCGGUGGUAGCCCAACACAACGGCAAGACCUGCCUGAUGAUCCGGGUGGCCAACAUGCGCAAGAGCCUGCUGAUUGGCUGCCAGGUGACCGGCAAGCUGCUCAACACCUACCUCACCAAGGAAGGGGACUGCGUCCGGCUCAACCAGGUCAACGUGGACUUCCAGGUGGACACGUCUUCCGACAGCCCCUUCCUCAUCCUACCCCUCACCUUCUACCAUGUGGUGGACGACUCCAGUCCCUUGCGGGACACAGCCCUGCGCACGGGCGAAGGAGACUUCGAGCUGGUGGUGAUCCUCAGUGGCACGGUGGAGUCGACCAGUGCCACCUGCCAGGUGCGCACCUCGUACCUGCCUGAGGAGAUCCUGUGGGGCUAUGAGUUCAGCCCGGUCAUCUCCCUCUCGGCCAGCGGCAAGUACGUGGCCGACUUCAGCCUGUUUGACCAGGUGGUCAAGGUGUCGCCCCUGUGCUGCGUCCACGAGACGGUGCGGUUCGGGGACCCUGAGAAGCUGAAGCUGGAGGAGACCUUGCGAGAGAAAUCAGAGCGGGGGGGCAGCCCCCUGAGCGUCCGCAUCAGCAACGUCUGAUCCUGCCUACCCCACACUGAGCUCCAAGGAGAAUCACUUCAGCCUUUCUUUUUAGCUGGUUGUUUCCCCUGGUCUCUUUCUUUCUUUCUUUCUUUCUUUCU